UCGAGUUGUGUGCCAAACGCUCGGCACCUGUCGCCAACAACACGUGUUGCGUUCCACUUGCGCUGCGCGUCUCCUUCGCGUCACACCCGCGUACACCGCGGCGUAUACGUUACGUUACGUAUUGUGGUGCAGCCAAAGGCGAAAUAAUAUCUGAUUAUUAUAGUUAUGUGAGCCGGAGAGUUGGAGAGUGCCUAAAAAGCCAGAAUUUCACAAGCACCAGCAGUGAUUUAACUCAUAUUAAAUUGUUGAAAAAAAGUACGGAAAAAUAGAGUGAACUUGUGGGCCAUAAGAAUGAUAAAUUGUUUGCCCAGUUUUGCUAGAAGGCGAAACAUCAUCAAUGUGAGUGCUGCGGAUUGUGUGCUCUUCCACUAGAGCUCCGUGCCGCUCGGGGGCAAUGAAAUCGCGGAAGCUGCCAAAGGGCUUCGUGCUUUGUGGCCUCAACUGUUUGACCUUUGUCUACUUCCCGCUCGUCCUGCCCAUCCUGCGAUGCUCGGCCGGAGCGGCGUCAGCAGGGGCGUCCGGUGCCGGUGGAGGGGGGGGCUCGAAGACCGCCGACGACUUCGACUACCGGAUGCAGCGGGUGCGGAAUGUCCUGAAGGAAGUGCCCCUUAUCGACGGGCACAACGAUCUGCCGUGGAAUAUCCGCAAGUUCCUGAAGAACCAGCUGAAGGACUUUCACUUUGGCGGCGACCUGCGCGAGUUGGCUCCCUGGUCGUCGAGUGCCUGGAGUCACACGGAUCUGCGCCGGCUGAAGGAGGGCAUGGUCUCGGCCCAGUUCUGGUCCGCCUACGCCCCCUGCUCGUCGCAGCAUCUGGAUGCAGUGCAGCUGACGCUGGAGCAGAUCGACCUGAUCCGGCGACUGGUCAACCUCUAUCCGCAUCACAUGGCGCUGGUCACCACGGCCUCGGGCAUCGAACAGACCCAUCGGACAGGGAAGAUCGCCAGUCUGAUUGGCGUGGAGGGCGGACAUGCCAUCGGCACCAGUCUGAGUGUCCUGCGAAUGUUCUACCAACUGGGCGCCAGAUACUUGACUCUCACUCACACCUGCAAUACACCUUGGGCGGACUGCUGCAAAGUUGACGAACCGGGAAAGUACCCGCACAUAGGCGGCCUCUCGCAGUUCGGCAAGCUGGUGGUCAAGGAGAUGAACCGACUGGGCAUGAUUGUUGAUCUGUCGCACGUGUCGGUGCCCACGAUGCUGGACGCUCUGGCGGCCUCGAGCGCCCCGCUAAUAUUCUCGCACUCCUCGGCGCACGCCAUCUGCAACAGUUCCCGCAACGUUCCCGAUCAUGUCCUGCAACGCAUUGCACUAAACGACGGUCUGGUUAUGGUCGCCUUUUAUCCGCAUUUCGUCAGCUGCUCGGGACAGGCGACACUGCACGAUGUUGUGGCGCAUAUCAACCACAUAAGGGAGGUGGCCGGCAUCGAUCAUGUGGGCAUUGGAGCUGGCUACGACGGAGUCAACUUAGUGCCCAAAGGACUGGAGGAUGUGUCCAAAUAUCCGCAUCUUUUUGCCGCCCUGCUCGAGUCUGAUAAAUGGUCGGAGGAGGAUAUUGCCAAGUUGGCUGGCAGGAAUCUAAUACGUGUAUUCAAGAAAGUCGAAGCGGUGCGCGAUCAGAUGGAACUCCUGCGAGUGGCACCCAUUGAUCAGUCAAUUCCAGCCGAAGACAUUAUGGGCCGAUCCUAUUGUCGUUAUCAAGGACCAAGAACGUGAUAAUUUCUCCAUUUGUAAAGUUCACCUUCACCCCAUCAGCAUAGCGUUUCAUUCAUCGCAGCCCCGUGGCGAAAAUGGCAAAAAAUUAUGUCAAGCGUACGUGUUGUAAAGUGAAACUUGUUUUAGGUUAAUUGACAAAGUUUUCCUCCUCCCUGCUACUGUUGUUGUUGUUGUUUUUGUUAUUGUUUGUGUGCCUGUGAGUGCGUUUGUGUGUGUGGCAUGAUGCUGCACAAACACAUGCCCACACGCACACAUUCGGAGGAAAAAACGCCGACAUUUUGCAAUCGCUCAGCGUCGAGCAGCUGGGCAACUGCUGUUGCAGCACUGAGAAAAAAUAUUAUUAAAUGUUAUUAUAAUUAAACAAUUUUUAGGGUCUUACCAACACAAAA